CAGGGGCAGUUAUCUUGUGGACACAUAAUGCACCAAAAAUACUUUUACUUCCUUUGGUAGUCCUAUCUCAAUCUCAGUUUAGUUCCAUGAAACUUCAAUUAAGAUUUAGCAUGCAACUCUCAGGAAGAACUUUUUCACGUCCAUUUUGCAGGUUUUCUUUUUCUGCCAAAUCACAACAAUUACCUGAGAAUUCUUUCUCUAUUGAUUCCAUUAAAGAGCUCCACGGUCACCUAAUAAGAAGUCAAAAACACAAAGAUCCAGAUUCAAUUUUUUCAGUUUUACGCUCAUACUCCCUUAAUUCAUCUACAUUACAAAAAGCUCACAUUGUUUUUGAUCAAAUACAACGACCCACACUUUCAAUUUGGUAUUAUAUGAUCAGGGGAUUAUCCAAAAGUGAUGAUCCAAUUAAAGCUAUUAACAUGUAUAAUGAUAUGAGAACUUAUGGAUUAAAUGGGAAUAAUUUUACUCUUUUGUUUGUAAUUAAAGCUUGUGGUCGUGUGUCAGAUGUUUUGCAAGGUAAAAAAGUUCAUGUUCAUGCGUUUAAACUUGGGUUUGGAUCAAAUUUGUAUGUGUCUAAUGCUUUGAUUCAUAUGUAUGGAGCAUGUAGAGAAAUGGGUGUAGCACAUAAGGUGUUCGAUGAAAUGUCUGAGAGAGAUUUAGUGUCAUGGAACUCAUUGAUUUGUGGGUAUAGUUUAUGUAAUAAAUAUAGAGAGGUUUUGGGUGUUUUUGAUGCGAUGCAGGCGGCAAAAGUGAGGGCUGAUGCUGUUACAAUGGUGAAAGUUAUCAUGGCUUGUAGCGUUAUGCAAGAGUGGAGUGUUGCUGAUAACAUGGUGGAUUAUCUUCUGAAGAACUGUGUUGAAAUAGAUGUUUAUUUGGGGAAUACUUUAAUCGAUAUGUAUGGAAAGCGUGGUUUGAUAAUCGCUGCACAAGGUGUGUUUGAUCGGAUGAACGAAAAGAACUCAGUAUCUUGGAACGCUUUGAUGGUUGGCUAUGCAAAAACCGGUGAUUUAGCCUCUGCUAAAAGGGUUUUUGAUGAAAUGCCAAACAAGGAUGUGAUUUCAUACACAUCAAUGAUUUCGGGGAACUCACAAGCAGGGAAACAUUCAGAUGCUGUGGAACUUUUUCGAGUUAUGACAUCGAAAAGAAUCAAACCCGAUGAAGUUACUAUAUCUAGUGUACUUUCUGCCUGUGCUCAUCUAGGAAUUCUUGACAUGGGCAAGGAAAUUCAUGAAUUCAUCAUUGAGAAUACCAUUAAAGUGGAUAUUUAUGUUGGUAAUUCUUUGAUUGACAUGUAUUGCAAAUGUGGGGAUGUCAAUAAGGCUUUACGAGUUUUCCAAUCUAUGCCCGAAAAAGAUUCAGUGUCAUGGACUGCAGUUAUAGCAGGGCUUGCAGUAAAUGGUUCUGUCGAUUCUGCUAUUCGGACCUUUGAGGAAAUGCUAAGCAACAAUGUUAGGCCAACAAAUGGAACCUUUGUAGGAAUACUACUAGCAUGUUCACAUGCUGGAUUAGUAGACAAAGGGAUGGAGUAUUUCGAAAAUAUGCGAAAAGUAUAUGGAAUUACACCACAAAUGAAACAUUAUGGUUGUGUAGUCGAUCUCUUGAGUCGUUCUGGUGAACUCGAGAGGGCAUAUAAGUUCAUAGUCGACAUGACAGUACCGCCUGAUGUAGUGUUAUGGAGGAUCUUAUUGAGUGCCUGUAAGCUUCAUAAUAAUGUUGCAUUGGCUGAAAUAGUUUCAAGGAAGCUUCUAGAAGUAGAUGGUGGUAAUAGUGGGAAUUAUGUGCUUUUAUCUGAUGCGUAUGCAGGGGCAGAGAGAUGGGAUGUUUCUAUGAAGUACAGGGAUCUAAUGGAAGAAAAUCUUGUGCUAAAGCCAUUAGCAUGGAGUAGUAUAGAGGUAGUUACUAGGUAAAAUCUUGAGCAACGGAAGACCAUGAUCACUUGGGGAUGAGCAUUUAAGGGUCUGGGUCGGGUUUGGACCCUAUUCGGACUCGGACCCUCAAUAUGAGGGUCCAAUAAAUUGACUCUAACCUAGAUUCUUAGGGUUUAGACCUGGACCCUUAGAAUCUAGACCCAUAUCCUAAAAAAUUAUUUUCUUGAGUGAGAUGAGAUUAAUGGAUAUUUUAGGGUUUAGAUUCCUAAAAUCCUUAGAAAAUUACUUGAAAGUUGAAGCCUUCUAAAUCAAUAAUAAUUUUAAAACCAAACAUAGAAACAAAUUUGAGGGUAUGACUUGUCCGUCAAUUGACAGUAUUGACUUGCAUUUGAUCCGCGUCUGUAAUUGUAUGUUAAUGUAAAUUUCAGAUCGAUCGCACUUAAUUCACCGAUUCUGAAAGUUGUUAGAACUAUGAUCAACAAAUAGUUUACAUACCAACUUACCAAGUGUAAUUGUAAUUAUUUAUAUUUCUUUGAACUAUAUUGUUAGUUUUACUACGUCUGGCC